AUGAAGCUUUAUAGCUUUGGAGUUCUUGCAGCCAUCUUCCUCUCGUGUGAGCUGUAUGUCUUCGCUUUUCAGAGUGGCCAGGUUUUAUCAGCUUUUCCUAGAACCUCCAGGCAAGUUCAGAUUGUGCAGAAUCUUACAACAUAUGAGAUUGUUCUCUGGCAGCCGGUAACAGCUGAAUUUAUUGAGAAGAAGAAAGAAGUCCAUUUUUUUGUGAAUGCCUCUGAUGUAAGCAACGUGAAAGCAAAUUUACAUGACAACGCGAUUCUGUUCAGCAUCCUGGUGGAAGAAGUGGCAGAUCUCAUUCAACAGCAGACUGCCAAUGACACGGUCAGCCCCCGGACCUCUUCCUCGUACUACGAACAGUACCACUCGCUAAAUGAAAUCUAUUCUUGGAUUGAAGUUAUAACUGAAAAGUAUCCUGAUAUGGUUGAAAAAAUCCACAUUGGAUCCUCAUACGAGAAGUACCCACUUUAUGUUUUAAAGGUUUCUAGAAAAGAACAAAGAGCCAAAAAUGCCAUAUGGAUUGACUGUGGAAUCCAUGCCAGAGAAUGGAUCUCUCCUGCUUUCUGCUUGUGGUUCAUAGGCUAUGUAACUCAAUUCUAUGGGAAAGAAACCCUGUACACCAGUCUUCUGACACAAAUGGAUUUCUAUGUGAUGCCGGUAGUUAAUGUGGAUGGUUAUGACUUCACAUGGAAAAAGAAUCGAAUGUGGAGAAAGAACCGGUCUUUUCAUGAAAAUAAUCGUUGCAUCGGAACAGACCUGAACAGGAACUUUGCUUCCAAACACUGGUGUGAGGAAGGUGCAUCAAGUUUCUCUUGCUCGGAAACCUACUGUGGCCCUUACCCUGAGUCAGAGCCAGAAGUGAAGGCAAUGGCCAAUUUCUUGAGAAAAAACAUCAACCACAUUAAGGCUUACAUCAGUAUGCAUUCAUACUCCCAGAAGAUAGUGUUUCCAUAUUCCUAUAAUAGAAGCAAAACCAAAGACCACGAGGAGCUGUCUCUCGUGGCCAGUGAAGCAGUCCGUGCUAUAGAGAAUACUAAUAGAAAUACCAGAUAUACACAUGGCAGUGGUUCAGAAAGUUUAUACCUAGCUCCUGGAGGUUCGGAUGACUGGAUCUAUGACUUGGGCAUAAAAUACUCGUUUACAAUUGAACUUCGAGAUAAAGGCAAAUAUGGAUUCUUGCUGCCAGAGCGUUACAUCAAACCCACUUGUACAGAAGCUCUUGCUGCUGUCUCUAAGAUAGCUGGGCAUGUCAUCAAGAAUGUUUAA